CCCCCCCCCCCCCUCUCUCUCUCUCUCUCUCAAUUUUGGCGGUGCGCAGACCAUAUACGUUUCAGCUGGAGCUAUCGCUUUCUCAGCUACGAAACUCCUCUCUCUCGUGGAGGAACUACAGUGUGGAUUUGAUGAAUGGUACUUCUGCAUCUAGUACCUUAAGGUCAGCUUUCUCCUACUGUGUACAACAAGUGCGAAGUUAUGAUUACCAUCACUACCUCUGCCUCCUUGAACUUCCCCCUCACAUGCGGAAGCCUGCUUUUGCCCUCCGUGCCUUUAAUGUUGAAACCGCAAGAGCCAUGGAUGUUGCUUCUGAUCCCAGGAUCGGUCUCAUGCGCCUUGUCUGGUGGCAGGAAGCUAUAGACAAAAUGUAUGCUAAAAAGCUAAUUGAGCACCCUACAGCACAGGCCCUAUCAUCAGUGAUCUCUGAGAAUAAAAUUAGCAAGGCAUGGCUGAAACGGUCUGUUGAAGCUCGGAUCAACGAUGCAAGAAGAGAGGUUACUGAUAUUCCUGAAACAAUUGAAGAGUUGGAGAAAUAUGGUGAGGAUACUGUAUCAACUAUUCUGUACAUGACACUUCAGGCCGGUGGUAUCAGGUCCACUGCAGCUGAUCAUGCAGCAUCUCACAUUGGUAAAGCAAGUGGCCUCCUUUUACUGCUUAAGUCACUGCCAUACCAUGCUAGUCGUACCCAUCAUUUUUCUUACAUACCCGCUAAAGUGGCCGCCAAUCACGGGUUGCUGGUGAAAGAGGGAGGUCGUUCAGAGAUCCGUCUGGACUCUCGUGAGCGCCUGUGUGAUGCAGUCUUUGAAAUGGCAUCCGUUGCUAAUUUUCAUUUACAGAAGGCUCGUGAACUAGCAGGAACAGUGCCAGCUGAAGCUCGCCCAGUGCUUCUGCAGGCUUUUCCCGCCCAAGUUCUCUUGGACUCCCUGAGCCGGGUACAGUUUGAUGUGUUUGAUCCAAGGUUGUCACGAGGGGUCCUGGGUAUUCCUCCUUUGUGGUAUCAGUUGAAGCUGAAGUGGUAUUCAUGGAGGGGCAAGUAUUGAUAUAUGCUCCUGGCCGGUAAAAUGGGAAAUCAAUUUGCGGAUUAAAAUGUUGUAAUAAUGGGAUAUUUUGUCAUGAAUCCCAGCAGUUGCCCGUGGGUCAAGUAUCUAUUUGGGCUCCCUUUUAGAUAAAUGUUUUUUUUUUUAAGAUAAAUGUUUGGGCUUCUUUCAUCCCUGCAUUAUUAUAUUCCAUUUAGUGACCCUAAUAUGGUCGUCCGUACGU